AUGGCUCCCAGCCGACAGGACGAGAAGCAGCACAACCGCGAGGGUUUUGAGAAGCGCCAAGCGGCCAAGCUCAAAGCCAAGGGCGGACAAUCCGGCUCUGGUCGCGGCACUAUUGGGCCCGACAAGAGCCGAGACACGGGCAAAUAUGCUCAGACCAUGACCGACAAGCACGGCAUCACCAAGGGCCAGAAGAGCCAAAAGAGCCAGACUGAGGAGGACGAUGGGCGACUGAUCUUGGUCCCGCGCGGCGAGGUCCGGUCCUACGGCGGCAUCGCAGAGAUGGUCGACCUCUCUGGUCAGCGCCAGGACAAUAUGAUGCUGUUGGAUCAGACCAAUGGCCAGGAGUCGCUGUACUCCGUCCUCGACACAACGGCGCAGGCCGGCCAGGCCUUGCAGACUGCUCAGGGGGUUUUCGGCACCUCUCAAAUGCUCACAAGGUUCCAGCCACUCCGGCCCAACCGCCUCGCCGAGGCCAAGAGCAAGAAGAUCGCGUACGACAUCCUCAUGUCUACCGACAACGCUCGCCCAAGAAUGCCUGUUUCGUCGCGCCCUCUCGCUGAGAGGAUCACCUUCCCUCAGGAAGAGAAAACCCACCGCCCCCAGGGUGAGAGUGCCAGCACGGCUGGUACGUCCCGCAGGAAGCUUUGUGCCAACUGUGGAGGAGACGGCCACCUUGUGGCUAACUGCAUCACUGCUGAAGAUGGAUCAGUCAGGAUCUGCAUCUUCUGCAGAACUGACAGCCACCUCACUGAUGAAUGUGAGAAAUUUCGCAGGUUGAGCCUGACGGCCAAGGUCAAGCUGCUUGUCGUGGACCGUGGCAAUAUGCCAGCAUUGGCCACCAAGAAGGGUUGGUGGUUAUAUCUUUAUGACCUCCUUGAGGCAGAUGACUCUGUGAGCGUCCCUAGCCUCACAAGCUUUCCUUGGGCCCCGAAGUACGCGAUUGACCUGUUCGUCGGUGAGAAAGGCAGGGGCAUCCAUGUCCACCAGGCGGAAUUCGAUUCCACCCAUGACCGUUCUGUGCUUCCCGAGAACGUCAACAUCGGGGACCUGGAAGACGUUUAUGUCUACUACUGGCAAACAGAGUUUCUCGUCAGGCCCCGUCGUUUCGACGAGAUCAUGCGGCGGUCAACCGGGUCACAUCCCGAGGUCGAGGACAGCGUCUGUGAGUGGUCAGACAAGGCUGUCUCGGACGAUGGCCAGCCCGAGGACACCGUCUGCGAGUGGUCGGAAAAGGCUGUCUCGGAUGAUGGCACAGUCGUGGAAAUGUCAGGUCGCUGA